CGCUAAUCCCCGUCAAUUCAAAAGUCUUCUGAAUGUCUUUUUGUAACUGUUAGCUAACGGUUUUCAAGAUAGGAAGGAAGAAGGUCGUGUAUCAUUUUUUGGUUAUUUCUAUCAAUGUUAUUGUAAAUGCAUGCAUCAUUAGCUGCUAUCGGAAGAGCUUGUACAGUUGAAGAAGAUGAAGACCCACCACUUACACCUGUACAAAGUUCAUUAGAUUUACAACAAUCUGAUUGUAUUGAACAAAGUUUACGAUUAUGUACAUCAACUCUUGAAGAAAUAAUUACACUCACUUUAUCUUUAUGUAAAUCGAUUAAAAUAUUGCCGAAUUUUAACAAAGCUGUUAUUUUACGAAAUGAAAUGAUAAAACAACAAAGAUUGAAAGCUAAUGAAAUGGAGAGAAACGAAAAUGAGCAACCUGAAACAUCCACAGAAUGUGUCAGCUCCCCGUCAACCAUUACAAAUCCUACUCAGUCACUUGUACAAACACUUACUUCAACGAAUAAUGUGAAUAAUUUGAAUAAGCUAACACAAUUACAUCGUCUUUGUUUGACUGUUUACAAAGUUGUACAUUUUGAAACACUGAACACUACGGUUAAAGAGUUAAGUUUAGGGCUAACUGCAUUAUUAGCUCAUUCAGAGAAUACAAUUAUUAAAGAACUACAUCUAUUCGAUUGUAUUCUAAGAAAAUUCUCUAUUUCAACUAACAAUAUUCAUUCAUUUCAAGCACUAUAUGAAAAGAAUUCUUCUAAUCUAUUAAGUGAUUAUCAUGAAUUUGUACUGACAACAUUGUUACAUGUUGAUGAGGAUAGUGGGGAUGAUGAUAAUGAUGAGAGUGAUGCUUACAUGACGUCAAGAACAACAUCAACACACUAUGAUCAUUCAUCUGAAUUAGGUGAGUUAAGAAUUCUUUGUGAAAGUCUAAGACAAUGUUGGACACAAGUGAAACGUUUAGCUAAUGAACAACGAUUUAUACAAUAUCGUAUAAAUCAACUGAACACCUCAAAUAAUUAUAAUCUUCUUCUGACCAGAGUUUUUUUAGAUGCCUUUAAAUUAAAUUCAUUUUAUAGCAGAUUAUUAACAUUAGGCAUUAUUAAUUCUGCUCAACAUUUAAUCUAUUCUGGUGUAUCAUUAUUAAGUUAUAUUGAAUUGACACGUUUUACACAUGAUGAAUUAUGGGAGAUGACACGGGGUAUUGAAGAGUUGAGUAUAUUGCGUGAAUAUUUGCAUAACACUUUUCAAGUAUAUCGUAAUGUACAUUUACAUAGAUUUUUGUUUAAUAAUGAUACUCCCGUGUAUUGCAAUACAAUUUUAUUCAAUAUUAAUAGUAAUGUGAAUGAUAGUAUUAAUAAUUGUAAAACAUUACUUUCUCAGAUUGUCACCUAUGAUCUAAUAAUUGAUCCAGGAGAUGUUACAUUUUCAAUAACUGUUGGAUGUUUAUUCUCUUUAUUUGCAAAACAACGCUCUCUACGUCUUGCUCAUCUAACCUAUUUACAGUUGUAUAAAUUUUUAAAGUUAUUUACUGAAUUAACUAAUAUCAAUAACAAUACUACUAAUGAUAAUUCUUCAAGAAAAUAUAUAAUACAACAAGAAUUUCAUAAAUAUAUUCAAGAUAAUCAUGGUCUACUGGCUUCAGAUUAUCUUCGUGAUGAAUAUGAAUUCAUAUCAAGUUUUUUAGAUAUUCUUUCUCAAUCAACUGAUUUAUUAUAUCAAGUACAAAAAUUGCAAUAUGUAUGCACUUCAGCAGUUGCUACAGCACAAGUAAGACAAGUUGAAGCGGAACAACGUUUAAAGAUGUCUACAAUUUCAAAACAUUAUCCAACAUUAUCACAUGCAUUAAGUGUUGAAGGAAAACAUGGUAUUUUGAUUAGAAAUCCAUCAACAAAUCAUUCUAAUCAAACUGAAUUAAAUGAUACAUCAUUAAAAACAUUACAAAAAGGAGAUAUUUCUUGUAAAACAGAUUUAUUUUCAAGUUAUAUUUCACGUUAUCAAGAUGCAUUACAUCGUUCCAAUACCUUAGAUAGAUAUGUAGCUACUGGAUCACCUGUUUCACCAUAUUCUUCUAUUAGUAAUCAAACAUUUUACACGGAUUGCAAUAAAAUGAAACUAGAUGACCAAUUAAAUCAAGAACAUUAUAUUCAAGAUCCUGACAAUAUAUCUGAUACUACUAGUACUACAAAUCAUAGUAGUAAUAAACACAUUGAAGAAAAUAAAAGUAAAUUAACUUCAAAAAAGGUUGUUCAAUGGAGUGAUCAUAGAGAAGUUAGUACACGACAUCAAAUUAUUGGAAGAUAUUUAGAAAUAACAUGGAAAUUUACGGAGAAUACAUUAACAAGUUUAUUUUUAUCAACUAAAAGUACGUUCUGUAAAGAGCAAAAUAUUGAUAAGAAUGAAAAAAUUCUUAAUAAAUCAAGUUUAAUUAUGUCAACAGAAAAACUUUUACAAUUAGGAAAUAAUAUUCGUCAAUUGACAGCAACUACAGAUUUUUUCCCGGCUGGAUUAAUGUCAGUACUCCGAAAACAAGCGUUGAAGUGUAAAGAAUACGCUGUCUGGAGAAAUUGGUACGAAGAAUGUCAAGUGUAUAAAAACAUGAAGUAUGAAGGUAUUACUUACGAUAUAGGUGAUUUCCAAGUUUUAAUCGACAUUCAGAAGAAACGGGAUUAUAUGAAUUCAUAUAGAACAUGUGAUCAUUUAGAUCACACUUCACUAUAUUCCAUCUACUUAAAUUAUCAUAAACAAUUGACAGAGGAGAAACGUUCCUACACACAAUUGCAAGAUGCUACUUGUCACACGGUUAGUAAAAGUAGUGACUGCUGUAUUCCGAUACAUUUACAUCAACUCUGGAAUUCUAAAUUGUUUCUCUUAACAACUGAUAUAAAUUCACUUAUUCAGAUAAUGUUGCAUAUUAUCAAGUUAUUUAUAAAUGAUGAACAUUCUUGGAUGAAAAUAUUAUCGAUGAUACAGGUUACGAUUCAAUCAUCAGGUAUUUCUUCAGUAGUGCACAAAUUCAACGUCAUUAUUCCUGAUUCAUAUUCCACUCUUUUGCUCAAAGUAUACAAAGCCUAUGAAUUAAGUCGACGUUUGGAUUUGAACUUUACACGACUUAUUAUUAUGUUGAGAAACUUGAGUUUCAAUGAAUAUGGCAUAUAUAUCAAAGGCUUCGAUUGUACACUUCGAAGCCAACAAAAUAAACAAGAAGAUGUAUCACUUAUCAAUAGAGUCAAUGAAAUUUCACAACUUUAUAAACAAUCAUUGCAAGUUGAAAUGAUUUUCAUUCAAAUUGAAAAUAUUGUUAAGUGUUUAAAAAAUCUUGUUGAAAUUAUUUUCAAUAAUAUUAUAAAUUGUAUUUUAUUUUGGUUUGGUUAUACCAGUGAAAAUGUUAGUGGUGAGGUAAUCAAAGGAUUUAAAGAGUUUUUCAAUCCAAUCAAUUCCAAUUUUUUAUCAUCUUUAUCACAAUCAACUUCCACAUCGACAAUAAUGACAACAACAUCAAUCAAUAAUAUGGAUGAUCUUGUUGGAAUUACUACAGGACUGUUGAAUGCUGAUAGAAAUUUUCUUAUACGAUUAGCUCGUUUAAUUGGAUCCUUAGGUCAAAUGAAUGGUUCACUAGUUACUCUGGACCAAGAUAUUAAUAUUUGGAAAGAUGAAUUGAGAGAAAAAGCCAUUCAAACAAUUAUUCAACUUCAGGAAUCUAUUAUUGAAAGUAAAUUGGAAAGUAAACCAUAUUUGGAACCAUUCGUUCAUGAGAAAAAGAUUAUUUCAAUGAUUUAUUGAUUAUUUUUCUUAAUCCAAUUUACAAAACACCUGAAAAUUGUCUCAAUUCUUUAAAGAAAACAACAUUUUCAAUAGAUGAAAUGUAUUCAUUGUGUCAGUAUCAUCAAUAUAUCUUCAACUAUUUAACUAAGCCAGCGAUUGUUUCACUCUUCUCCUCAGUAUUAUCAUCUCUAAAGUGUCAAAAUUUGGACAGUCAUGAUCAGUUUAUACAGAAAUAUUUAAUCCAGGAUUUCCAAAAUUGUGUGCCAUUUAGUUUACUCUAUGAAAUCUUUCAAUCCAUCCGAUUGCAUCAUAUACCUGUUGAAGCUAUAUCAGGAGGGUGUUAUUCGACAGCAUCUGUUGAAUCUAACUUCCAGUUGAAUGAAGAAAAUCCUAAUGGAAAG